AUGUACGAAGUACAGCUAACGGAUGACAGGCAACGCAGAGCGCAUGCUGACCAUUUGAAAGUCAGAUUAACCUCAGCAUCCGAGUCGAUUCAACCCUUGCCCUGGCCAGAGAAGGACACAACGACAGCGACACCAGAGAAGCCAGCCCAAGAACAGGUUGUUCUCAGGCCACCGCGGUACCCUGAAAGAAACCGCAAACCUUCGUCGCGGUACGUCCAAUCUUCAAGGGAGGAAUGUAGUGGACUGAGCACGAGGAAGAUUAUGAAGAUGAUGAGGACGAUGAAGACGAACUCGCGCUCUUGCCCAGUAAACUGGCUAUUUCUCCUGCUGCCUGUCUUCGACUCUUUUCUUCACGUCGCGACAACUGAUGACCCGAACGUGAAGAUAUUCACCACAGAUAUUCGACACCUCCCUGGCACCAGCAACGUCGCAGCGGACGCUCUCUCACGGGCACGGAUUUCCGCCCUCACGUUUCCGACCACUGUCGACUACGCUUCAAUUGCGCAAGCUCAAGACCACGAUGCUGCCAUCCAAGACCUCAUUGCUUGUCCACAAUCUCUGUCCAUCCACAAAAUUCCCUUCCCUGGAACGCCUUACCAUUUGCUGUGCGACGUUUCCACCGGCAGCCCACGACCCCUCAUUCCGCAGGAUUUUCGACGACACAUCUUCGACGUUUUUCACUCCCUGCACCACCCAGGAAUCAAGGCCACUCAAAAGCUCAUUGCGGCUCGCUUUGUCUGGCCCUCGCUGAACCGAGACGUCCGCGAUUGGGCCCGCCUAUGUUUGGCCUGUCAGCGCUCAAGAGUUCAGCGCCACACACUUUCGCCUCCAUCACCGUUUCCUACACCCGAUGCUCGUUUCCGUCAUGUUCAUCUGGACCUGGUGGGUCCCCUUCCCCCAUCUGCCGGCAAAGCCUACCUUUUCACCUGCAUUGACCGCUUCACCCGCUGGCCGGAAGCCAUUCCCAUCGCCGACAUAACUGCUGACACGGUGGUGCGCGUUUUCCUCGACACUUGGGUGGCCCGCUACGGCGCGCCCGCUACGAUUACCACCGACAGAGGCCGCCAGUUCACCUCCCGUCUGUUCGCAGAGAUGUGCCGUUUUCUCGGCUCCCAACAUCGACAGACGACGGCUUAUCACCCUUGCGCCAACGGCCUCGUAGAACGGCUCCACCGCACUCUGAAGACCGCCCUGCGCUCACAUGACGACCCCAGCCACUGGGUGGAACGCCUGCCACUAAUUCUCCUUGGCGUCAGGGCUGCCAUCAAGACAGACGCCCCUGUCUCACCUGCUGAGAUCGUGCAUGGCGCGCCGUUAAGACUACCAGGAGAAUUCUUCGACCAUGCAACUCUCGCUCAACCCGCUCCUGACCUUCUUCACUACGCCACUCGCCUGCAGUCUUACUGUGCUGACUUGCGACCACUGCCCACACGGUCCUCUUCGUCCCGUCCCGUCUUCAUUCAUCCGGCUCUUCAUUCCGCAACCCAUGUGUUUCUGCGGCACGACGCGGUUCGUAGACCUCUCCAACCCCCGUACGACAGCCCUUUUCCCGUCCACUCUCGUCAAGCGAAGACCAUCACCAUUAGGCUUCCUAACCGGCUCGAGGUGGUCUCGGUGGAUCGUGUCAAGCCUGCCUUUUUGCCCGCCAUCACCCCGGUGCCCGAGCCUUCUCGUGCCUCGUCCCCCUGCCCGCCCUCACCGGUGCAUCCGUCACGUUCGGUACACUGGGCACCCGGCCUACCUUCUGUCCGUCUCAUACCUCGCCGGCAUACGGUCCAGGGAGGGGGUACCUGUAGCUGA